UGCAACAUCAUUGGGAUCAUGCUUGGUUCUCCUCUCCCAUAGCUGCCCGCGAGCUUCUCAUUGGUACCUCUUCGCUACCUCGUUGCAUCCUAUUCGCGCAUGGCCCCGCCAGAGAUGUUUCUGCAAGGUCCCAUCACCUUGCCGCGUUGCUAUUCCCCGCCCUCCAGUUCCCGACAAGUUACUUUGUGUCAGUGGCUGAGAAGCCUGGUUCUGAGAGUGUACUCAGACAAUCAUAUGGUUCCCUCCAUGUGCUACGUCGUCUUAGCGUCGCUGCACUACAUCAUCGUUAGGCAGCAUGGAACUGGCACCCGCAUAUAAAGCCCCCGGCACCCCCAUCGAUAG